AUUCACACAGGUAAAAAGCCGUUUUCAUGUGUGACCUGUGGAAAAAGUUUUCUUCAAGAACCGCAUUUAACUAGGCACAUGAUGAUUCACACUGGUGAAAAGCCGUUUUCAUGCGUGACCUGUGGAAAGAGUUUUCUUCAAGAACCGCAUUUAACUAGGCACAUGAUGAUUCACACUGGUGAAAAGUCAUUUUCAUGCGUGAACUGUGGAAAAAGUUUCAGUGGAAAAUAUAAUUUGACUCAGCAUAUGAGGAUUCACACUGGUGAAAAGCAGUUUUCAUGUGUGACCUGUGGAAAAAGUUUUUUUCAAAAACAUGAUUUAACUCGUCAUGUGAUGAUUCACACUGGUGAAAAGCAGUUUUCAUGUAUGACCUGUGGGAAAAGUUUUAUUCGAAAACAUGAUUUAACUCAGCACAUGAUGAUUCACACUGGUGAAAAGCCGUUUUCAUGUGUGAACUGUUUAAAAAGUUUUAGUCAUAAAGCGAAUUUAACUAAGCACAUGAGGAUUCACAAUGGUGAAAAGCCGUUUUCAUGUGUGAACUGUGGAAAAUGUUUUAUUCAAAAAUCGAAUUUAACUACGCAUCUGAUGAUUCACUCUGGUGAAAAGCCGUUUUCAUGUGUGACCUGUGGAAAAAGUUUUAUUCGAAAACAGGAUUUAACUGAGCACAUGAUGAUUCACACUGGUGAAAAG